GAUUGGUAAACAAACCAUCAAACCGUCAAGGUGAUCAUUUCAGAGAGAUCGCGAUCGUGAAAGGGGUUGUUAUUAAAACAAAACAUCCACCCAGAGUUUACCUAUCGUGAGGCUGUGAAGAUGAGUAAACAAAACGUAGGAACCAACACCACCCGGGGGUCACGGCCAGUGUUUAUCGAUGAGGAUCAGGUGAAGCAGCUGCUUGACUGGGACGAAGCUCGGUUUGCAUUGGAGCAGGCGUUCGUGUCCGUCUCGAAUCAAGCCCGUGAACCGUCUGCCCGCUCCACCGACCAUCCGGUCAGCUCCCAACCGGCUCGGACUUUUGUGCAAGCCGAAGGAGGGGUACUCCUGUGCAUGCCCGGUUUCGUCGGCCACCACCAGUUGACGAGCAACUCACCGGACCGGGGCUCAACGUUGGCGUGCAAGCUGAUCACCAGCUUCCGGAAGAACGCGUCCGUCGGCCUUCCGUCGAUUAACGGGGAGGUGUUUGUGUUUAACAGCACCACCGGCAAGCUGGAGGCGAUCGUCGAGGCGAACUAUUUGACGGGCGUGCGGACGGCAACGGCAUCGCUUGUUGCAACCGAUCACCUGUAUCUGCGACCGGCGGCCGCCUCCCAAAACGCCGCUCCAAUCAAGCUGGGAAUUGUGGGUUGCGGGUUUCAGGGCAUGAUGCACGCGGUUGGCUUUGUACGCACCCAGCCUGCCCUGGCCCGGCUCCACUCCAUUCGCCUGUGGAAUCGAACACCGGCGCGAGCAAAUCAACUGCAGGCCACCCUGGUGGAGGAGGCAAAGAAAACGGAUAGUAACUAUUCCGUGUUCGUGUGCGACACGGUCGAGGAUUGCUGCCGGGACUGCGAUGUGAUUGUGACCGCGACCGGUUCCAGUGAGCCGCUUGUGUACCGAAGUUUCCUAAAGCAGGACGUACACAUCAACGCCGUUGGCGCCGGCGAGUACCACCAUGCGGAGCUGGCCCAGGACAUCUACUAUAACUGCCGGGUGUACAUUGACCACUGGGAGGGUGCACGGAAGGAAUUGGCUACACUCCGAUCGAACGUGGUCGGUGAAGUCGGCGAGAUCAUUCUCGGUGAUGCCGAAAAGCUGUUGCCAACGCAACCGGGUGGUGGCAUUACCGUGUUCCAGUCGCUGGGAAUGGCCACCGAGGAUGUCACGGUCGGACGCUUGGUUUACGAAAAGUUUGUCCAAACCCAACAACGGUACACCAUGGAAAAAUAA